ACCGUGCAUCCAGGGGCUUUCUCCGCCCGCGGGGUCCCGCAGGGUUCGUGCUGGAUGUCUCCCGGGCGACCGGCUCCGCACCAAGAUGGCGGAGGAAAGGGACGCGGAAGGGACAGAGGCACUAAUUGCAGAACUUCAUAAGAAGAUCAAAGACGCAUUUGAAGUGUUCGACCAUGAAUCGAAUAAUACAGUAGAUGUGAGAGAGAUUGGGACAAUUAUCAGGUCAUUAGGAUGCUGCCCGACUGAAGGAGAGCUGCAUGAUUUCAUUGCAGAGAUAGAGGAAGAAGAACCCACUGGCUACAUUCGAUUUGAAAAAUUUAUUCCAGUGAUGACCAGAGCCCUUGUAGAAAGAAGAUACAGACCAGCUGCUGAAGAUAUCCUUUUGCGAGCUUUCGAGGUUUUGGAUCCAGCUAAACGCGGGUUUCUCACUAAGGAUGAACUUGUCAAGUACAUGACUGAGGAAGGUGAGCCUUUUUCCCAAGAGGAAAUGGAAGAAAUGUUGUCUGCUGCAAUUGAUCCCGAAUCAAACACCAUUAAUUAUAGGGACUACAUAACAAUGAUGGUGGUAGAUGAAAAUUAAAUGCUGCAAAGACUUCUUUUUUCUCCUUUUAAGACAACUGUAAACAUUCAAUUUCUAGUUGAAAUGAUAAUUUGAAAAUUUGUCCUAAUUAAUUUCACAUUUUAUUGUAUAAUUUCUACAUUUAGUGCCUUAUGACAUAAUUGUUUCAAGGUAUUUUGUUUACUAGAGAUGAUCAGUUUAAAACAUAAAUUUAUUUAGUAUGACCAGAUUUAUGGAAGGACAAGUUAAUUAUUUCAAAGGAAUUGUACAGUAUUUUAAUGUUAAAUGUAUCGUUGCUUAUUUUCCACAACUAGGCCAAUGAUACAUUGAAACUAAUUAGAAAGUGAGAUUGAUCCUAACCCCCUAACAUUUGCCAUAGAAAGCUCUUGCAGGGCAGGAUGGCCACAGACUAGAUGUGAGUGGCAGCUUGGUGAUGGCUGCCUUUCAGAGCAGCAGUAAACACUUCAGCAAGCAGAAUAUGGAGGGAGAGCGACCAGAAUAACUAUUAAUAAUUGAUUUCUUAUGAAUGCCAAUUACAAAUCUCAUUUGAGAGUCUAAUAACUUUGAGUAAAAUUGAAAAUUGCUCAUCCAGCAUUUUGCCAUUUAUGGAAUAGCUAAAGGAGGUGAGAUAAUUGGAUCCAGAGAAAGGAAGACUGAAUGAAAGCUGAUAAUGGCAACUUCUUUUUUUGCUCUUUAGAAUUCUCACCUAUUCAGAAUAUCUGUCAUGGGAAUAUUGUCCUGGAUACUGCGUGUAUUCAUCUGUUGUUACCAGAAUGUAGUAUCUGAUAAGGGCUGACUCCAGAAGAAAGAGAUUCAUUUAGCUCACAGUUAUAGAUGGUCAAGGUCCAGGCAGCAUUGUACAGGCUGAGCUAGGGCCACCCGUGUAUGCAUCUCACCAAGGUACAGCUAGCCAGACAGAAGCACAAGCAAGCAAGAGCAGAGAGGCUGGGAGGAGGGGUCAGGCCUGUUCCUUUUACAAUAGUCCUCUCAUAAGAAUUACUUUCCAGGCUGGGGAGAUGGCUCAAUGGGUAAAGCAUUUGCUGAGUAUCAUUAGAUAAUGUGGUGGAAGCUGGAGAUGAAAGAUGGAUAAACCUCUAAUUAAUCAAGGUCACAGUUUAGUGAGGGAGUCUUGCAAGUAAGUCAAUGAGCAACCACACAUUCAGGGGACUGAAGGUUGCACAAAAGAAGCAAAAGAAGCCUGGUGGGAUGAGGGUGCUUUCUGGUGGGCAGACUCAAAGAGGUAACACAUGACUUACAAACUCAGUAGUUCUUAAGUUUUGACAAAUAGUCAUUCUUUGAGCAGUUUACUUCAGAGCAUGUCAGCAGCAGGACAGCAGAUCAAACCCCCAGAGGUGUCCUGAAACGCAAGAAUCUGGGAUUGAAAGUAUGGUUGAUAGAUAUUUGGAACCUGAUGAGAGAUGAGAGGUUGAAAUAAGAACCAUAUCCUAAGAGAUAAUGAGCUAAUUGGGGUUAAGGUUUCAGUGUUUGAACGUGAACUUUCUCUGAGAAUCAGAGAGAAAGGAGCUGGAGUUGUAAAUAGCCUGAGAAAUACUUUGAAGGGUCAAGGCCAGAGGGAAGGAGACCAGCUGGUAGGCUGCUUCGUUGGCAGUGAGAGAUGGGCUAGGGAAAGUCAAGCACAAAUCCUAAGUGUCUGGCUUGAACACUUGGUAAAUAAUAAUAUCAGCCAUUCAGAUAAGAUGCCCAAGGCUUAGGCUAAUAGGCUUGACUGUGGUCAUCUCCAGCUUGAAGAGCUGGUAGAAGAUAAAAAGAUCAAGUGGAUAAAUAAGGGGACAUCUGCUAGAGACACAGGCUUUGAAGUUGUUAGCACACGGUGUUCUGGAAAGAAAAUAAAAGAUGACCAGGACAGAACUGGGAGUACAGAAGAGGACCCCUCAGAGCAUGGGGAGAAGCCCUGAAAGGAGGAAAAGCUGAAGAAAGAGAAUCCAUGGCAGUAGAGUCUCUUAAGGAAGAAGGAACCAAGUCAGAAGUGGUAGAGUUGUGAGGUCGCUGAUGAUGAGGAAAUCCCUCAGUUUCAGCACCAACACAUCCACUGAGAACCUCUCUCAGGGCAGAUUUGUGAAGUGGCAGGCAGGAGAGUUAGUGACUUCAGGAAUAAACAGAUGUGAGGAAGAGCCUGGAGGACACGUGUCGAGUGGUGAAGAGAGAGAAGGUAGAGGGGAGGGGUUUGGAAGAUGUAAACGGUGCAAGAAUGCUGCAAGCUUGUAUUUCAAGAGUUGAGACAUGGCAGAGGAGCAGAGGACACUCAGAGGGGCAGAGAUCCAGGGCUACAAAGGUCUUGACCUUGGUCAUGGACAUGAACUAAUGUAUAUAGUCCCUGCCUAGUGGCUUCUAGCUCUUAUAACGUGUGACCUCUCUGCUUCUGCCUCCCUAGUGCUAGGAUUCUAGGCCUGAACCUCUGCACCCAGUUAUACUGUCUCUAUGAAUGAGAAGGAAGAUAGUAGGUUAUAGAGCUAGAGGAGAUGAUAGAAAUCUGAAGGGCUUUGGGGCUUUGUGAGAAAUGAGAGAGUUGGGGAAUAAUCUACAAAAGAAUUUUCAAGGAUUUUGUCCAGUAACACUGGCCCAGAAGCAAAAUAUGUAGAGUGUUGUAGUGAGUCAAGAUGGUGAAAUGAACAGACAAAAAAAAAAAAAAAAAAAAAAAAGAUCAAGAUUGAUGAGUCAGCAGAAAUGAGUGACCUUGAUGGUCUGUAGGCAAAGGUGGGAGGGAAAUCCAGCUAGGAGUAGACUUGCAUGGAAGAUUGUAAGACUCCAAAGGGCAAACAGUGUGUGGUGAGAAGGCCUGUCAUUCCUGAGAACAAUAUGCUCUGCUUGCAGUUUGACUUCUCUGUACUAUUACUGAGCAUUUCUCUGUGUUAUUAUUAAUUAGUAAUAGUAUACAGUGUAUAUACAUCUCUCACUAUCUGUCAGGCACUGUUAAGUGUUUUACUUAACCUACUCAUUUAAAAUUCCUGAUGACCCAGUGAAGUAGUUACCAUUACUAUGAGGGAGUGGCAAAGAAGUUUUGUAACUAUAAGGGACUGCAUUAAUCAGCCUUUGUAGGCUUUGUGAUGCUGAAUCUUCACCACAACAAAACUAAUUUUUCAUGUCA